UACCCCACAGCAGCCGAGGCUGUUCCCGGACUGUCCCCGCCCCGGGCCGCUGCGGACUCCUCCCCGCGCGUCACUUCCUCCGCGGCCUCGGGCCGGGCUGCUACCGCGGCUGCAGGCCAUGGUGGCUCUGGACGACCCUGACGGCGGCCUGGAGGCGACCCCCGGCGCGGAGACCAGGCUGUCCCUUCCUGGCUGCCUGCCCACGCUCGGUGGCUCACAAGUGAAGAGGGUCUCAGCCUCCAGACGCAAGCAACACUUUAUCAACCAGGCUGUGCGAAAUUCGGACCUGGUUCCCAAAGCAAAAGGACGGAAGAGCCUGCAGCGUUUGGAGAAUACCCGGUACCUCCUAACUCUGCUGGAAACAGCUGGGGGUUCUCCAGGCCCGGAAGAUGGGGACCUGACUCCACCUGCGGCACCUGGAAUCUUCGCAGAGGCCUGCAGCAAUGCCACGUAUGUGGAGGUCUGGAAUGAUUUUAUGAACCGCUCUGGAGAGGAGCAAGAGCGAGUGCUCCGCUACCUGGAGGAUGAGGAUCAGGGCAAGCGGAGGCGCGGGCCUGGCCGCGGGGAGGAUCGACGGAGAGAGGACCCGGCCUUCACACCUCAUGAGUGCUUCAGGCGCAUCAGCCGUCGCCUGCGGUCUGUGCUCAAGCGCAGCCGCAUCCCGAUGGAAACCCUGGAGAGUUGGGAGGAGCGACUGCUGGGGUUCUUCUCGGUGUCUCCCCAGGCUGUGUACACUGCCAUGCUGGACAACAGCUUUGAGAGGCUCCUGCUUCACGCCGUCUGCCAGUACAUGGACCUCAUCUCAGCCAGUGCUGACCUGGAGGGCCGGAGGCAGAUGAAGGUCAGCAACCGUCACCUGGACUUCCUGCCUCCGGAACUACUGUUGUCUGCCUACCUGGACCAGCAGUGACGGCGGAGCCGCCUGCCAACCGGCCCGGCAGGCCCAGACCUCCAACUUC